GUACGCACUGUAUGCCACGUUGUCUUAGUGCCCAACAGUAAAAAACGAGUGCUGGACCCACAUUUUCUUCAAUAAAUUGAUGUACAUAUCAUCAGGGUAACUGGAAGUGGUAGCAGAGGAGGUUUGUAUAAUUGUUGGAGUUUCAGGAAAUCUAAGCAUGGGUACUUGGUGGCUGUGUCUCGUCAUUUUGGUGGCUUUUGCUGCCGUGUUAGAUGCCACGGAAUUGACGUUUGAACUACCGGACAACGCUCAACAGUGUUUCUACGAGGAGGUCGAGAAAGGACAGAAAUGCACUCUGGAAUUCCAGGUUGUUACUGGCGGCAAAUAUGAUGUAGAUGUCACCCUUUCAGACGCCGACGAUAAAAACGUCCUGUACAAAGAGAGGAGAAAACAGUACGACACCUUCACCUUCACGCCCAAGGAGAAGCAGGUCUACAAAUUCUGCUUCAGCAACGAAUUCUCCACGUUUGCCCACAAAGUUGUCUACUUCGACUUCAUGGUUGGAGACGAAGACUUGUUGAGGGGAGUUGGGGCUCACGCUACGGCACUUACACAGCUGGAGACCACCUGCGUAUCAAUCCACGAGAACAUAAAGGAGGUCAUUGACUACCAGACACACCACCGGUUACGAGAAUUCACAGGGAGGGUCAGAGCAGAACACCUAAGCCAACGAGUUCAGUGGUGGUCUGCGGGUGUAUUUAUUGUCAUACUCAUCGUCGGCAUCGGACAGGUCAUUGUCCUCAGAAGUUUCUUUACGGAGAAGCGGCCGACGACAGGAAAAAUAUGAAUCGGUUUUGUUAUUUUUUUAUUUGUAAUGAGUGAUGUUCAUAAAUACCUAGGAUGGUUGAGUUGCGAUUCUGAUUGGUUGAAAAGCUGGUCAUGUGACCACGGUGACUUGGGUGGUAAGGGUAAAAGGAUUACGCAAGCGGCGGCAAGCUUUGAAACAUUCCAAGGGUGGCAUGGAGGGUACGGACUUGCCAAUCAGAUGGCAGAAAAUUACAA